AUGAGCCCCCAGGAAGUGCAAGAGCUGGCAUCUAAAACCAUUUUGGAUUUCAAGGCAGCUAACACUGCUCAGGUACCUGCAGACCUUCACUUCCUGGCCUCGUUGGGGAGUGGUGGCAUCCACAAGAACAACAUGCACAAGACCUUGCUUUCUUUUGCAGACAGAGAAGUCUUGCUCCCUGAGCCUUGUCAGCCCAAGCUGACCUUCAAGGACCCUUACAAGGACCAAACGCAAAUGAUGCUUUUGCUUCAUGAGAUGUUCAGUGCAGUCUACGACAGCUAUCAGGAAGCAUGGCUUAGCAUGAUGGUUCCAUCUGUUGGAAGGCUCGAAGAAUUUUGGGCUUUGCAAGAAAAACACCCAGCUUUUACAGACCGCCCAGCCCUUCAAGCAAAUCCUCACUUCAGGUCCAAAUUGGUGCCCGUUGGCUUACAUGGCGAUGGCACCCCAGUGAUUGGUAUUGGCAAGAUCUGGUCAAGGCAGCUCACAACUUGGAGUUGGAACUCCCUGUUGGGGAAAGGCACUACAAAAUCAAUGCAGCUGCAAAUUUGGCCAAUGUUUGAUGAAACUGGUUCAAGCACCACCUUGAAAGAAUUCUGGGCAAUCCUGGCUGGUCAUUCAAAUGGCUGCAGCUUGGGCUAUGGCUUGCAGAAGAUUACAAAGGGAAAAAAUACACCAGCAACUCUGCAGCAGGCAGGAGAGCAAAUACAUGACUGGCAGGUGGCUUUGGAGGCAUUCUUUGGCCCCUGGUGGGCGACUUAG